AUGUACUCGAUGGGGUACCCGGAGCACAUGCUGCACUUGGGUUCUUUCGUGGCUACCACCUUCUCUCGGUGCCACGGGAAACCCAACCAUCUCUUCUGUGGUCCCCUGAUCACCCGCUUGGCGCGCCAUUUUGACAUUGACUUCGAGGGACUCACGGAUUCCUCAGCUCGGGGUGGCUCCACCCCCCUCAGCCGGAACGUGCUUCACAAUGCACUCCUCCUGGCCAUUGAUGGCACCCGCUCCUGGGUGGAUGGGCUCUCCUUGUCCCCGGAGGAGGAUGCAGAUCUCGAUGAGGAUGAGGAGGAUGACAACUACUCCUGCGGAGAAGAGGAUGAUGAUGAUGAUGAUGGCGGGGCAAUGGAUGCUGAUGAGCCGGAGCCCCCGCUCUCUCCACCAGGGGACCUUCAGCACGACGGAGACCCGAGAGAGGCGAUUCCUCCUCUGGUCCUUCUGGUCUGUCGAUGGCUUCUGGCCUGUCGAUGGACUUCUUCACGGAGCAGUUCCAGCAUAUGGGACUCCAGUUCCAGCAGCUCGGACUUCAGAACCAGCAGCUCAUGGACCAUUAGGUCCAGUUCUACCAGCAGUAUUCGGCCCACCAGUCCGAGUACCAGUCUAGGAUAA